UAUAUCAAUUUUAAAUAUAUGCAGUGGAAUGCGUAUAAAAAUUUGUUUUUACAAUAUACUCACUUUCCUAAUUUCUUUCAUUAAUUACCAGUCUCCCACCUAAAACUUUCCCACACUUUCCUGGACCUCUGCGUUUCUCUCAAGGAGAGUCUGCCUCUCUACGAAUUCCAUAGUUUGAAGAAUUCACGUUCAAGCUACUUCAACAACACUAGGUUGUCUUCCAAUUUAAUAUAAUGGGUUUUGGAAUUUCCGAUGAUGUCUGCAACACAGGCCUUGGUCUUGGACUGAGCAGCCAUGACAAUCAACAAAACUAUUCCCAAUCCGUUCAUCUUAAACAAAAGAAGAAACUCUUCUUGAAAUAUGAUCACACGUUCCCUUCUCUUACAUUAGGCCCCCCACCACAAGAGCCAUAUCCAUCGGCUACUAUGGUGGAAGCGGAUUUGCAACCUCAGGCGUCGUCUCCUAGUGCAGUAUCCUCAUUUUCUAACUCUAGUAUCAAGAAAGAGAGAGAGUUUCGUGGUGAAGAAGUCGAAGUUGAAAGAGUCUCUUCAAGGGUUAGUGAUGAAGAUGAAGAAGGAAGUCCAAGAAAGAAACUUAGACUUAGCAAACAACAGUCGGCUAUUUUGGAAGAUAGCUUCAAAGAACACAGCACUCUUAAUCCUAAGCAAAAGCAAGCUUUGGCUGAACAGCUGAAUCUCAGGCCACGUCAAGUAGAAGUGUGGUUCCAGAACAGAAGAGCCAGAACCAAGCUGAAGCAGACUGAGGUAGACUGUGAGGUCCUGAGGAAAUGUUGCGAAACACUAACAGAAGAAAACAAGAGGCUGCAAAAAGAGCUACAAGAGCUUAGAUCAUUGAAAAUGGCUGCACCGCUAUAUAUGCAGCUACCGGCAGCCACCCUCACUGUGUGCCCUUCUUGUGAGAGGAUCGGCAGUGGCGGCGGAGACGCCACUUCUACUAGCACUUUAACGGUUGGACCAAAGCCUCAUUUCUACAGUCCCUUCACCCACCCUUCCGCAGCUUGCUAGGCAACCUAUAUGAGGCCUGGACACGGGUAUUAUUUUUGUCCAUGACUUGUGUGUCAUUAUAAUUAAUUAAGGAUUAGAUAAUUAAAUUAAUUUUGUAGAGUCUAGCUUCUUUCACCAUUCCUUCUCUCUUUCUAGCUAGCUCUUUCAUCUGGACACAUACUUGUAAAGUCUUAACAAAUUUCUAUUAAGGAAGUUUACUUAGGUAUUUGUGUGCAUCGAAACUUGGUUUCUUGAUCCUCUAAAUGAUCUAGUUACUUAAUUGUGCUAUCUUGUUUCUAGUUUUAGAAAUGGAGAAUGAUAUUUGCCUUCCAUUUAUUAA